AUGACAGGCGACGCCCGCCACGGGUCCCGGGAACGGGUGGGCAAGGCUCGCCACGGGUCCUGGGAACGGGCUGGUGAUGCUUGCCAGGUGUCCCGCGACGGGCGGGCGUGGCCCGCCAGGAGUCCCGGGACGGGUGGGCGAGGCCCGCCAGGUGUCCUGGGAUGGGCGGGCACGGCCCCCCAGGUGUCCUGGGAUGGGCGGUGGGCACGGGCGGCCCCCCAGGUGUCCUGGGAUGGGCGGGCACGGCCCCCCAGGUGUCCUGGGAUGGGCGGGCACGGCCCCCCAGGUGUCCUGGGAUGGGCGGGCACGGCCCCCAGGUGUCCUGGGAUGGGCGGGCACCGCCCCCCAGGUGUCCUGGGAUGGGCUGGGACGGGCACGGGCCCGCAGGCCUGUCCUGGGAUGGGCGGGCACGGCCCGCCAGGUGAACUGGGAUGGGCCGGCCAGGCCCGCUAG